CAGCCAAUCGAAACAGCCAAUGGAAUCAGACAAAUGGAAAAGAGUGUUUCCCCAAUAUUUGUAUUAUAAAUCUUAUAUGAAAUAAACUUUUAUCACAGUAUUAUUUUAAUAAUAAUAUACAUCGAAAUAUCAAGGAUUAAGUUUGAGGAAAACAUCAAAUAGUUUUCGGCAACAAAAAAGCCUGCACAAGGCCUGCCACAAUGUCGGGAACGGAUCCGAGACAACGAAUGGAGCCAAGACUCAUUAAAGAAAUAAGCAAAGAAAUAAGUACUGAGUUCAGCAUGCUGAGAAUUUACCUUGGCUUUACAGAGGCUCAGUUUGCAAGAUUGAAACAUGCUUAUCGCAAUAUGGAUGAUCAGAUAUUUGCCAUGCUGAAUGCGUGGCACAAUGUGGUCGUCAGGUGUGGAGAGAACCCUCGCCACCUUCUGGCUGCAGCCUUGGAUGACUGCGAGAACCGCUACUUGGCCGUCACCAAGCUGGUGACCCCUACAGAAUUGGAUGGACUUAAGCGUAGGGAGAGAGAACCAUGUGAAGAAACAAAAAAACUAAUUGAGGAGAUCAAUUUUUCUGUCCCUGGAGAUAUGGCAGGGGCUGGGCCUAUUUUCAACGUUGGGGCACCUAACUCAGUAAACGUGUUUCCAGGUGGUAAUUUUACCAACCAUGGUGAACUGUCUCUUGGAAGUAAAUAUCCAGGUUUUUCAAGAAGUAGUGGUGCUGAUUCGAACCCGAAGUAUGGAAAUUUUAAGAAAUCAUAUGACGACUCCCUUACACAGACAAUGGUGGGAAUAUAUUACAAUAUGAUGGAGUCGGUAGGGGCCAUUAUUGCACACAAUGGACAUGUCUUUGGAACUGGUUUUAGAGUUGGUUCCAAAUAUAUUAUGACAGCAAGGCAUGUGAUAAGCGACAUUCUUGAUCCCUAUAGAUCUGGAAGAAUAACUGAACAAUAUUUACAAGAUGCUUACAUAAGUUUUUCCGAUAUACCAACAGUUCCCUCUGUUGUCACAUAUAAGCUCAAACAAGUUUGUUAUUCCAACGAAAAGCUUGACAUUGCAAUCAUGGAAAUUUUAAAUCCUGAUCAACGGCUGCCCAACAAGCUUCCUCUUCGAAGUGACAAUUUGCCUGACAUUGAGUAUGUGUCACUUUUUGGUUAUGGUCAUCCAAACAACCAAGGGAAGCAUUGGGAGCCCAGGUGCCCAAUUAUAUACCCAAACUUUGAAUGUUUGCGCUCAGCAUUGGCCUUCAAAGAGCAACAUCAUCAGUAUUUUAUCCAAAACUUGGAUUUGGAUCAUGUAAACAGAAUAAGACGCCAGGACAAAAACCCAGCAGCAGUUGUGGAAAAGGGUUACCUAGGUUAUGAUGAGCAACAUAAACUGCUGAUUCACGCUUUACUGGAAGAUGGAGCAUCCGGCUCCCCAAUGUUAGCGUGUGUUAAUCCAGCAGCAGGGAUUGUACAAGUUGUUGGAGUGUUUACUCAUGGAAUACCAGAAUUUUACUUUUGUUUAAAUGACACAGGAAAAAGCAUCAUUCCAAAUGAAUUAAGAUUUGAGGCUGGAGCUAGAAUGACCUUUAUUUUUCAAGAUAUGUGUCGUGAACAUUUUUCCCUUGCGCAAGACAUAUUUACGUAGAAUACUUGCUUUAUGAUAACACUAUUAUGCAAAAUAAUGUUGUAUAAUACAUGCAUAUCAAAUUUGAUGAAUUGUUUUUUGAAACAAGUAAUGCUGCCUGGGUAUCUAAGGUUAUCUACUGAUCAUGGAUCUAUAUUUUAGCUCCACACAUAAAUACAAUUAAUAUUAUACAUCUUAAAUAUUGGCCAGUGUUUUCAGUGUAAUCUGACUCCAUUUUUGAGGCUCAGAACUUUUUAGUCUAGUUUAAUUUUAAUAUUUUUGUGUACAUGUACAAGUCUGUGAAAUAUAAUGUAUUACUAAAAAGAGCCAGAGUUGUGGAAGUUAUACCUCCCCCACUUAUCCCAAUCAUGAGUGAAAUUAAACUUUACCAGAAGAGCAUUUACCAGACCCAUACAUUUGAGUGAGAAGUAUAGCUCAUUAGUGAAUAGUCGAGCUAAAAACUGCCAUUGAUGUACAUUUUGUAAUAUUUCUGAUUCCCAGAACAAUGCCAACCUUAUUCCACAUUACACUUUGACGUCUGUGAAUCGAAAACCUGAAAGCUAAGUAUAUUGUCUUUGAAGUGAUCCUUUAUAUACAAUGCACGCAAUAUUCAUAAUUUUUAUAGUCCCAGGCAUGCACCAUAAAAUGUAUUUUCUGAGUGAUGAAGUAUUGGGAAGCAAUUCAUGUUAUUCAGUUUGAUACAUGUAAAUGCUGAUGAACUGACAUUUAUUGUAAGGAAAUAAAAUCCUAUAGAGAAUUCUGAACAACUA